GCUUGUUCUCGUCCCGCAGAGACAACACGACCCGUCGCUGAGACACGUCCUGUCUGUCCCCGGAAGCUGAAGAUGUCCUGGCUGAAAGCUGCGUCCCUCCGCUCCGAGGACGUGUUCGAUGAGGCCGGAGACGAGAUGAAGCUCCAGAGUAGAGAGUGGAGCUCGAACAUGAACAAGCGAGUGAAGGACGGGUACGUGGACGGGGUCAACGCCGGGGAGGACGAGGCGCUGCAGGUCGGGUUCAACCAGGGCUUCCGGGAAGGAGCCGCUCGGACUGCGGCUGUGGGUCGACUCAAGGGAAUCAUCAGUGCUGUAUGGUGCUGGUGCCAGAUCGAGCAUCCGGAAACCCCCGUCCCGGCCCGCGUGACCGAGCUCCUGCAGCGGGUGUCCCAGCACGAAGACAGAAUCGCAGACGGCAUCAGGAAGUCUCUGGAGAAUCCUCCGCCCAGCGUGAGCGACGUCUCUGAGAGCAUGGAGGACCUGGAGGUAAAGCAGGCAGAUCCCAGCUGCUGUGGGGACGGGGGGUGCGGAGAGGGGACGGACUGCUGCAGCCGAGGGGACACAAUGGACCAGGACUUUCCUCAGAGACCACCUCGGCUCUGCUCGGGGUCGGCUUCCCGCUCGUCCUCCUCAGAUGAAGACCUGAGCCUCCUCCUGCAGAGCUGCAGGGACCUGGUGUCGGAGCUGGAGCUGCCGCAGGAGCUGCUCACUCACAUCCAGGAGCUGAAGGACAUCUAGUGGCUGAAGAGCAAGGACCAAAACCCAAGGAGGACAACACUUGAACUAUAAACUUUGAUAAAAGUGUACAUUUCUUACACUACAAUUGAAUACUUUUGUUGUAUAUAAUGUAAAAUAGGAAUUUUCA